CAACGUUACAAAUAAUUUCGACAAUGGAAAAAAAAGAAGGAAAACGAAUAAAAUAACUCUGAGAAUAAGUACGGGAAAAAAAAACUUUGAACUGCUCUCUCUCUCUCGAAGCUCUCAACAAAAAAAAUCGAAGAAGAAGAAGAAGAAGACGUAACAAUGGAGCCUCCUUUUGAAAGAUCGAAACGUCUCCACAACUUCUCUUUGCCUCAACUCCGUUGGGGUCAACAAAGAUUCCUCAGAUGCGUCAAUCUACCAUCUCCUCCUCCUUCUUCUUCCUCUCCCGAUCACGCAGCCACCAAUAGAUCCGUCUCCAUAGCUGGAGUUUCUCUUACAAGAGGAGGAGGAGGAGGAGCGAAGAACGGGGAGGUAGUUGCGGCGGCUAAGCCAUGGAAUUUGAGGAUGAGAAGAGCUGCGUGUAGUGAACCUGGAGAAGAAAUUGAAAUUGGCGUUAAUAAGAGAAGAAGUAUCAUCGAUAAUGAAGAUGGAGGAGGAGAUAAGAAGAAUGAGAAAUCGAAAUUCUCUAUUGCGUUGUCGAGAGAUGAAAUUGAACAAGAUUUCUCCUUUGUUUUUGGGAAAAAACCUCCCAAGAGACCUAAGAAGAGACCAAGGCUUGUUCAGAAGAAAUUGAAUACGAUUUUUCCAGGAUUGUGGUUGAAUGAAGAAGAAGUGACGAUUGAUUCGUAUAAUGGAGCUUAGGAAACAACAUGAAAGGUUUUUACUCUGUAGGAUAAUAUGUAUCUCUCUGUUCUUGUUCUACUCUUUGAGACAUUCUCAAGUUUAGCAAUUUUUCUGGUUUCUGAUCCUUUGUUGUUAUUGUUGUAAAGCAGAUUACUGGGAAUCUUAUCAUUCAUUCACUAAUUGUAAUCUCCAGCUGUUUGUUCUUUUAGUAAUGCAGUUGCUUCAAUAUUGUUUCUCUCUUCUUGUUCUACUUUGAGACCUUCUCAAGUUUAGCUAUGUUUAGUUUAGUUAAGAAAUUCUUCACCAGUCUAAUUGUAGCUGUUUGUUUCUUUAAUGAUGCAGUUGCUUUACUUUAAAAAGGUUUCUUGAAUCUUGUCCAUAUAG